AGGGUGAUUCUGGACAGAACCACAAAACACAAAGACUUAUUGGAAAUAAACCACCGAAAUUUUCCUAUUUGGUGUAAGAAGCUUGGCUUCGUUAGAGGAAACAAGAAGCCAACCGCAGACAGAUCAAGUAGACACAAAUGGAGAUGUCUGAGUGCAUUUAUGACAAUGAUCCCUGUGAACAACAGCGAAAGGUGAAUCCAACUGGAGAGAGUGAUGGGGCGGAGGAGAGGACAGUGGACAUUUAUGAAAGCGCAGACAUCUACAACGGUCACACAGCUGGAACACAGAGUGUUGCGGUACAACGGCAACCAGGCUGGGCGGUUACUGUGUGCCUGGUGCUGCUCUGUGUUCUCCUCCUGGCUGGCAUCAUAGGCACGGGACUCCACUGCGGAAUCAAACUGCAGACUCACAGCAAGACCUGGGCUCAAAUGAGAAACCAAACUUCAGCUGAAUUCAAUCACUUCUGCAAAAAUGGAUGCACGUCAUUCAAUAACAGCUUCUACUACAUUUCAUCCGUCGAAAUGAGCUGGGAGGACAGCAGACAAGACUGCAGAGACAGAGGGGCAGAUCUGGUCGUCGUGAACAACAAAGAAGAGCAGGCGUUCAUCAAUUCCUUGAAGCGUAUUUCCUGGAUUGGUCUGACUGACAGAGACGAAGAGGGAGCAUGGAACUGGGUAGAUGGUUCUGUUCUGAACAGCCCAACGUUUUGGAAAUCAGAACAGCCCAGUGGGACGUUUGGCGGACGGAAGGAGGACUGUGUUAACACUUAUUUUUUUCAAAUGAUUACCAGUUGGAAUGAUGAAGACUGUGCCGCCUCGCACCACUGGAUCUGUGAAAAACAGAAUGAAUUCUAACAUCAUUUGUCAAUACACACAUGGCGAGCGCCUUACUGCAGAAAAAAAGCCCAUUGUUUUUAGGACAGUUUUUCCUUGUAUGUCGCUUUUGUGUGUGUGAUGUCUCUUUGUUAAGUAGCAAACAAAUGCAGUCCAGUUGCCCUAUACGUUUUGCACAUUCAGUAUAUGUAUGACACAACCCCAGACACCUUACUGGUCUAUUCGUAUUGAGAGAAGGCAAAUUUCCAGACAAGGAAACAACUUGAAGGAAGCCCUCAUCAGUGAGUAGACUCUCACACCUUUGGGAAGGACUGAGGACCCUGAUCUCAAGGUCUUCAUCAGUCAGAAACCGCUCUAACAGGUCAUUGUGGGCUGUGGGACGGUUACAUCUAUUUGAUAUGCAUGUUUUAUGUUGUGUGCCAUAGGGAACAGGCUGGCAGACUGAUAUAGGGCCAGUGAGCAGAGGUAUGUUGCUGUUGAAGAUGAAGCGAUGUGAAUUUAUGGCAAUGUAAACUAUUGAUUAAUGGAGCUUUAGUCUUUGAUAUUUUAUUAUUUGCUUUUUUACUGAGUAAACCAUAGUUGAUUCUACAAUAAAGGACCGCACUGGAAAAUGAGAAUCACAUCAAGGGCCAGAUAUUUUGAGUUUAUUGCUUUGAUGUAAUUGAAAGAGAUAAUAUCUUUGGCUGUAUUAGUCUUCUUCCUUACAGUUUGGUUGACAAAAAUGUCAGAGAGAAUGCCAAAAAAAUUGGGAAAAACGUAUAAAAAAAAAAACAGCAGAAAAAAAAUGCAGAAAAAAGCAUCACAAGUUUGAAAAAAGCACCAAAAACUUUGUUGAAAGUGCAACUGCGCAGGCUGAAAUUUAUUGUGAACCUAAAUUAAAAUUCAAAUUCGGAUAUGAGCCGAGGACCUCGACUCUGCCGCUUGUGAGUCAGAGCCCAUGAUGA